ACAUAGACAGCAGAGCCCAGUAGACAAAGUCAGGAUAUGACAUCAUCCACAGGAAGAGAAGCUAAACAACUUUUUCUCUCUUUACUGUGUUGUUUCUGCUGCUGAGUGAAGUCGGAGCCUCUCGGUCUGUUAGCGGCCGGCGGAGAAGGAGAGGAUCCAGCGGUGCUAGAGGGGGGCAGAGCAGCUGGAUCUGUCCUCCACAGGCAGUUUAGAGCCAAGGGGUCCGGCGCCUGAAUCCUCCCUGAACCUCCCACGACUUUCCGCCUCACUCUAGAUCCUCCGCUGCAGGAUUUUGGCCAGAAACGUGCCGCCACCUGAAAACAAGGGCUCCCUGCAAUCUUUACAUGACAGACGUUGACCCCGUGUGACCUGAUUUCCCAGCUGAAACCAGCCUGGUUCCGUCUAUCAGGAAGGUCACGCUUUAUCCACCUCAAAACUAUUUGUUAUUCUGGAGAGCUUAUUCUCCCCUUAUCUCUGGGGAAACGACUGAGUCGAUGGCGUUGUGUCUUGGACAAGUGUUCAGCAAAGACAAAACAUUCAGACCAAGGAAGCGGUUUGAACCUGGCACCCAGCGCUUUGAACUCUACAAGAAGGCCCAGGCCUCGCUCAAGUCCGGCUUGGACCUGAGGAAAGUGGUUCAGCUGCCGGAGGGAGAGAACAUCAACGACUGGAUUGCCGUUCACGUGGUGGAUUUCUUUAACAGGAUCAACUUGAUCUAUGGCACAAUGAGUGAGUUCUGCACCGAGCGCACGUGUCCCAUCAUGUCUGGGGGGCUGAGGUACGAGUACAGGUGGCAGGACGGUGACGACUACAAGAAACCCACCAAGCUGCCCGCUCUCAAGUACAUGAACCUGCUGAUGGACUGGAUAGAGUCGCUCAUCAACGAUGAAGAGAUCUUCCCCACCAGAGUAGGUGUACCUUUCCCCAAGAACUUCCAGCAGGUGUGCAAGAAGAUCCUGAGCCGUCUCUUCAGGGUGUUUGUGCAUGUUUACAUCCAUCACUUUGACAGCAUCUGCAGCAUGGGUGCAGAGGCCCACAUCAAUACCUGCUACAAGCACUACUACUACUUCAUCUCUGAGUUCAACCUCAUUGAUCAUUCUGAACUGGAGCCCCUGAAAGAGAUGACAGAGAAGAUAUGCAAUUAAACAAAACCACAUGGACAAAGGAGUUUACAUUGUGACGUUAUCUGAGCCCCGUGAGAAUUCAUCGGCUUCCGAACACUCAAAACAAAGAACAAUUUUCACAUAAAGUUGUAUGAGUGGUUUUCUAAGCAUAACUGGGAAGGUCCACUAUCUUACCACACUUCUUCAGACGACGACCCUGCGCCUUCACAGAGGUUUUUCUUACAAUAAUUAUGGUGCUUCAUGCCAUCAUUAUAGGACUUGGUGUUGGUUUCUAAUACUGCAUCUCCUGUACUCACGUUUUUUCUUUCCUCCUCUGCAUGUAUGUUUAUGUUUGACCUUUUAAUACACAGUGCUGAGUCUUUUUAGUGAAUUGAACUGAAGAUUGUUUUUUUAAAUUUGAUAUCAGUGUUUUUAUAGUUUGAACAUAAAAAUGCAGCCUAAAAAUGAUCAUUGUUUUUGCAAAUGUGUUUU